UUAGUAUUUUAAAUCUUCUAUUUACCACCUAAAUCAAGGACUUCUUUUUUUCUUUCUUGUAAGAAGAAGAAAUAAAAACCCUAGUUCCUCUCCUUCUCAUUUCCAGGAACAGAAAAAGAGAACUCUUUAAAGAAAUCAGAAAAGUUUCACUGUUUCUGGAGAGACGGCAUUGUUUGAAAGUUUCAAGUGUAUUAGGUUUUUGAAAAUGAAGGCUUGAGAGAAGCUUAGCUACUGGGACUGUAGUAGCUUGUUAUGAUGAAGAAGAUUAGAUGACUUGGUCUAUUUCACCAAAGUUGAAGUCGAGUACAGCCUGAUUACAUCUCAUACAAAUUUCAAAAAGUUUUUGAAAAAAUCUCUUUUAAGGUCUGGGUAUUUAGGUGAUUACGUCUCCUACAAAUUCAAAUAUUUUUAAGUAGAUCUUCACCAAAUAAAUUUUUCGGUUUUGAUAGGUGAAAAUGGCGUCGAGAUCGUUUAAAGCGAGUCGAUCAUCAGUAUCGAAUUCGUCGGAUUUUCAAGAAUCACAGCAUAAUAAUAAUGGCAGACCUCCUAUGCCUCAACAAACUGUAACGUUUGGUAGAAGAACAUCAUCAGGAAGGUAUGUUAAUUACUCAAGGGAUGAUUUAGAUAGUGAGCUUGGAAAUAGUGAGCUCGGAAAUGCUGAGUAUUUAAACUAUACAGUUCAUAUACCACCAACACCUGAUAAUCAACCAAUGGAUCCAUCGAUUUCACAAAAAGUGGAAGAACAGUAUGUUUCUAAUUCGUUAUUUACUGGUGGAUUUAAUAGUGUGACUCGAGCUCAUCUUAUGGAUAAGGUAAUUGAUUCUGAAACUAAUCAUCCACAAAUGGCUGGAUCCAAAGGAUCAGCGUGUAUGAUUCCUGGUUGUGAUGGAAAGGUUAUGAGUGAUGAACGUGGAUUAGAUAUACUUCCUUGUGAAUGUGAUUUCAAGAUAUGUAGGGAUUGUUAUGUCGAUGCUGUCAAAGGAGGAGAUGGAAUUUGCCCAGGUUGCAAAGAUCCUUAUAAGAGUACUGAUUUAGAUGAAUUGGGUGUUGUGGACGGUGCACGACAGCUUCCCAUGCUACCAGGUGGAGAAGGAGGUGGAAGUGGGAUGUCCAAAAUGGGACGGAGGUUGUCUUUAAUGAAGUCAACUAAAUCUGUGUUGAUGAGAAGUCAGACUGGUGAAUUUGACCAUAAUCGAUGGUUGUUUGAGACAAAAGGAACAUAUGGGUACGGGAAUGCUAUAUGGCCAAAAGAUGGUAGUGGGUAUGACGGGAAAGAUGAUGAGGAUGGUGUUCAUCAUGAGCCUAGAGAACUUGCUAGCAAACCAUGGAGGCCACUUACUAGGAAACUGAAGAUCCCAGCUGCUGUUCUCAGUCCAUAUAGGCUGCUAAUUGUUGUGCGAGUAGUUGUUCUUGCACUUUUUCUUCAGUGGAGAAUAAAAAAUCCAAAUACUGAUGCCAUUUGGUUAUGGGGAAUGUCCAUUGUCUGUGAGCUGUGGUUUGCCUUGUCUUGGCUACUUGACCAGCUUCCUAAGCUCUGCCCGAUCAACCGUUCGACGGAUCUUGCUGUUCUUAGAGAUAAGUUUGAAACACCUACGAUCAACAAUCCCACAGGAAAAUCUGACUUGCCUGGGAUAGAUAUUUUUGUCUCUACCGCAGAUCCUGAGAAAGAGCCUCCUCUUGUCACUGCAAACACUAUUCUUUCUAUCCUUGCUACUGAUUACCCAGUUGAAAAGCUUGCUUGUUACGUUUCUGAUGAUGGAGGUGCCUUACUAACCUUUGAGGCCAUGGCAGAAGCUGCAAGUUUUGCCAACAUGUGGGUUCCAUUCUGCCGUAAGCAUAAUAUCGAGCCUAGGAAUCCUGAGUCGUAUUUUAGUUUGAAGAGAGAUCCUUACAAGAAUAAGAUGCGCGCAGAUUUUGUUAAGGACCGAAGAAGAAUGAAGCGGGAGUAUGAUGAGUUCAAGGUUAGGACCAAUGGUCUACCUGAAUCUAUUCGUCGCCGUUCUGAUGCCUAUCAUGCUAGAGAGGAGAUCAAGGCUAUGAAGCUCCAGAGACAGAACAGAAAUGAUGAGGAGCCUGUUGAAAGUGUAAAGAUCCCAAAAGCCACUUGGAUGGCAGAUGGAACCCAUUGGCCUGGCACUUGGAUGAUUCCUGGAUCUGAGCACUCUAAGGGUGAUCAUGCUGGAAUUAUUCAGGUUAUGUUGAAGCCCCCCAGUGAUGAACCAUUACGUGGAACUGUAGAUGAAACUAACAUCCUUGAUGUUACUGAAGUUGACAUCCGUCUUCCUUUACUAGUCUAUGUUUCUCGUGAGAAGCGCCCUGGCUACGACCACAACAAGAAAGCUGGUGCCAUGAAUGCCCUUGUGAGAGCCUCUGCCAUCAUGUCCAACGGUCCCUUCAUCCUCAACCUUGACUGUGAUCAUUACAUUUACAACUCGCAAGCAAUGAGGGAAGGCAUGUGCUUCAUGAUGGACCGCGGAGGGGACCGCAUAUGUUACGUUCAGUUCCCACAGAGGUUUGAAGGUAUCGACCCAUCUGAUCGGUAUGCCAACCACAAUACGGUCUUCUUUGAUGUCAAUAUGCGAGCACUUGAUGGUCUUCAGGGCCCUGUUUAUGUUGGCACUGGUUGCCUCUUUCGUAGAAUUGCUCUUUAUGGGUUCGACCCACCCCGCGCAAAGGAACGUACUAAUGGUUGCAUAAGCUGGUGCUUUCCUCGUAAGAAGAGAGUUUCUGUUUCUUCCAACUCUGAAGAGCACCGAGCCCUUAGGAUGGGCGACGAUGAUGAAGAUGAGAUGAACCUGCAAUUGCUUCCAAAGAGGUUUGGCAAUUCAACUUUCCUUCUUGAUUCAAUACCAGUUGCAGAAUAUCAAGGCCGUCCGCUUGCAGAUCACCCAGCAGUGAAAAAUGGUCGUCCUUCGGGUGCGCUCACUCUUCCUAGAGAGCUUCUCGAUGCAUCCACAGUUGCGGAAGCAAUCAGUGUUAUCUCUUGCUGGUACGAAGACAAAACUGAGUGGGGUGACCGUGUUGGGUGGAUUUAUGGCUCUGUUACAGAAGAUGUGGUGACUGGGUACAGGAUGCACAACAGAGGAUGGAAAUCAGUUUAUUGUGUUACCAAACGUGAUGCUUUCCGUGGAACAGCCCCUAUUAAUCUUACCGAUAGGCUUCAUCAAGUCCUUCGAUGGGCUACUGGUUCAGUUGAAAUCUUCUUUUCACGUAACAACGCCUUCCUUGCGAGCCCUAAGAUGAAGUUUCUGCAGAGGAUUGCAUAUCUCAAUGUUGGAAUUUACCCGUUUACUUCCUUCUUUCUCAUCGUCUACUGCUUCUUACCAGCUUUAUCCCUUUUCUCUGGUCAAUUCAUUGUUCAGUCACUUAGUGUGGUUUUCCUCACUUACCUUCUCAUCAUCACCAUUACACUUUGCCUGCUAGCCAUACUCGAGAUCAAGUGGUCAGGAAUUGAACUUGAGGAGUGGUGGAGGAAUGAACAGUUCUGGUUGAUUGGAGGAACAAGUGCUCAUCUUGCUGCAGUUAUCCAAGGAUUACUUAAAGUGGUCGCUGGAAUUGAGAUUUCUUUCACUUUGACAUCAAAAUCUGGUGCCGAUGAUGUUGAUGAUGAGUUUGCUGAUCUUUAUGUCGUCAAAUGGACGUCUCUUAUGAUACCACCUAUAGUGAUCAUGAUGACCAACUUGAUAGCAAUCGCCGUAGGUUUCAGCAGGACAAUUUACAGUACCAUACCACAGUGGAGUCGUCUUAUUGGUGGUGUGUUUUUCAGUUUCUGGGUCCUGGCACAUCUGUACCCAUUCGCUAAAGGUCUAAUGGGAAGAAGAGGAAGGACACCCACAAUCGUGUUUGUCUGGUCAGGUCUCAUUGCUAUUACCAUCUCUCUUCUUUGGGUUGCUAUUAAGCCUCCAGAAGGCAGCACUGAGAUCGGAGGAUCUUUCACAUUCCCUUGAUUCAUUUAUCGUCAACAAUAUCAAGUCAGCUAACUUCCUCUCACAUUUUGAGGUAAGAAUUUGGUUUUUGAUCGUCAAAAACACUAUUCUUGUUUAUUUUUUUUCCAAGGAAUCAUCUUUAGUGGUAGUAAGUUGUUUUGAUGGACCAGAAGAAAUGUUCAUUGUGCUUUAAUCAUCAAUCCAUUGCCAUGUUUCUGGCGAGCAAUUCAAAAACUCCAGUAAGCUGCUGAGAAAAAUGGAAGCCCGGAAUCAAUCUUACAUCAUCACCAAUCAGACAACCAGGAUUUUUGUUCUUUCUCUUUCCUUAUUUUUUUUUGCGUUUCUUCUUCUUCUUCUUUUUCUUGUUGUCUGAAGUUCUCAUUUGGGGGCAAUUGGUAAGUACAGUAUGAACUAAUGAGCUAUACACACAAUUCAUAUGCAUUCAUUGGUAAUUCGGUUAAAUGUGACAAUCGAAAAUUAAAAUUCGGUA